CACAGCUCUUAUUAAUGACAACCGCGUUUCUAUUUUAUUGUGUUUAGUGCUCAAUCUUAUUAAAAGAAAAGAUAAAAUUAUACUUACAAAUAAAAUUCGUUAAACAUUUGUGUAGUAGAGUAGUAUUAGGUUCUCUAAUAAUGGAGACACUUUUGGAACAGCAAAGGCGAUAUCAUGAGGAACGCGAACGCUUAUUGAAGCUGAUGGUAGAUGAGUAUGCUACAAAGAAGAAUGGCGAGAAGGAACGCAUUCACUCCGAGCAGAGAUUGAAAUACUUGCUUGAUUUGCAUUGUAACUCCACUACAAAGUUAAAGGAACUGUAUGAAGAUAAAGAUAAUGAGCGUAAAGCUGAAAUUCAAGCGCUUUCGGGUCCAAAUGAAUUCAAUGAAUUUUACGCACGUUUGAAGCAAAUAAAAGAGUUCUAUAAAAAACAUCCAUCAGAGAUAAGUGUACCGCUCUCAGUAGAAUUCGAGGAGCUAACUAAGGCUUACAAUAAUGUGGAGGAAAUGUCAUCAUUGGUGGAAUUCACCGAUGAAGAAGGCGGAGGACGCUAUUUAGACUUAAAUGAAUGCUACGAACAAUAUCUUAAUUUACGGGGGGUAGAGAAAGUGGAUUACAUAUCUUACCUAAUGACAUUUGAUCAUGUAUUUGAUAUACCCCGCGACCGCAAAAAUCGCGAAUAUCGGAAAUAUAUAGAAAAUUUAAAUGCUUAUUUACACAACUUCGCAACACGCAUACAUCCAUUAUUAGAUAUAGAGGCUGAACUAGUUAAAGUUGAGCUGGAAUUUCAACGCCAAUGGUUGCAAGGCAGUUUUCCAGGUUGGGCUUCCAAAGAAACGGAAUCAGCGUUAGCAAAUACAGGUGCACAUUUAGAUUUAUCAGCGUUUUCUAGUUGGGAAGAAUUAGCUUCACUUGGCUUGGAUCGUCUGAAGUCUGCCCUAAUGGCGCUGGGCUUAAAAUGUGGUGGCACACUUGAAGAGCGCGCACAACGUCUUUUUUCUACGAAGGGUAAAAAGACAUUGGAUCCCUCAUUAAUAGCAAAGAAACCGGCUAGUAAAAAUGCUAAUGUACAAUCGCGUGACAACGAACGUCACAAGGAAAUUGCCCAAUUGGAGGCGUUAUUGUACAAGUACGCCGAUUUAUUAUCUGAACAAAGAGCAGCCACCAAAGAAAAUGUGCAACGCAAACAAGCUCGUACUGGUGGAGAGCGAGACGACAGUGAUGCUGAAGCAAGUGAAAGUGAUAAUGAUGAUUUAGACGAUGCAGAUGAUGUACCGUAUAAUCCAAAAAAUCUGCCUCUCGGUUGGGAUGGAAAACCAAUACCUUACUGGUUGUAUAAGCUUCAUGGAUUAAAUAUUAGUUACAACUGCGAAAUUUGUGGCAAUUAUACAUAUAAGGGCCCAAAGGCAUUUCAACGCCAUUUUGCUGAGUGGCGACAUGCACAUGGAAUGCGUUGUCUUGGCAUACCGAAUACUGCUCAUUUUGCCAAUGUAACACAGAUUGAGGACGCAAUAACGCUAUGGGAAAAACUUAAGUCACAAAAACAGAGUGAACGUUGGAUAGCAGACCAAGAGGAAGAGUUUGAAGACUCAUUAGGAAAUGUUGUAAAUCGCAAAACAUACGAAGAUUUAAAACGACAAGGGCUGCUCUAGAAACACUUAUUAUUUAUUCAUGUAUAAAUACUGUAGUCUUCAUGCAAUAAAGUAUGACCUAUAAGAAUAUAAAAAGAAA